AUGAGAUAUAAAAAUACAGCACCUCGAUCACCACCGUCUACUGUUGAUUUUUAUUUCAGUGAUAUUACUGCUAAUACAACACCAAUCGUAGAUGGUGACUCUGCAAAACAAAAUGAAAUAAUUGUUCAACAGAUUUUAUUUACUCAAUGUCAUCGAGAUCUUGAACAAGAUUCAAACAAAGGAAUUGAAGUACUUGAAUCAGCUGAAUAUGAAUGGAAAUCAGAAACUAAACGUGGUCAACAACAAAGAGAUGAUUUAUUUUCCUCUCCAAUAAAUUUAAUUCUAUCAUUAUUUUCAUGUUUAGAUAAAAUUAGAUAUUGGUGA